UUUUUCCCGCCUGACCAGCUGGAUGAGCUUCAAUGGAGAGUUCUUGUUCAAACACCAUGAACGUCUCCUUCUACUAAUCAAAUCUUGCUCUGCUGUUCCUUCCCUUAAAACCACCAAGCCUCUCCAUGCCCUCGCUAUCACUCUCGGCCCUUACACCUGCCAGCCCAUCUUCGUCUACAACAACAUCAUUUCUCAGUAUGCGUCCCUUCGUCAUUUAUCAGCCGCACGCAAAGUGUUUGACAGCAUGACUGAGAGAAACCCAGUAUCAUUUAAUUCGAUGAUCAGUGCCUAUGGUAAAUGCGGGGAUGUCUGGGAGGCUGGGGAUUUGUUUUCUAUGAUGCGGGGCUAUGGGUUUUUGCCUACUCCUUUCUCGUUGGCCGGACUGUUGUCGUGUCAAGCAUUGGAUCUUUGUGGUGGAAGUCAGUUGCAAGCAUUGGUUGUUAAAAAUGGACUGUUCGACGCUGAUGCUUUUGUGGGUACGGCUUUGUUAGGUCUGUAUGCAAGGUCUGGCUGUGUGUCUGAAGCAGUUCAGGCAUUUGAAGACAUGCCAAGGAAGAGUUUGGUGACUUGGAACUCGAUCAUUUCUUUGUAUGCGCAUUAUGGGUUGGUUGAAGAUUGUAUGCUUUUGUUCCGUGAGCUCCUAAGGCUGGAGGCAUCUUUGUCUGACUGUUCAUUUGUUGGUGUUUUGUCUGGAUUGGAAGGUGAGCUUGAUUUGGAAUUUGGAGAGCAGAUACAUGGCUUAGUGAUUAAAAGUGGGUUUGCUUAUGAAGUAACAGUUGCCAACUCUCUUAUUAAUAUGUAUGUGAAAUGUGCGCGCAUCUGCCUAGCUGAAAAAGUCUUCCAGGGCAUGCAUAUAAAAGAUGUUGUGUCAUGGAAUACAAUUAUUGGUGCACUGGAAAGGGACGGAAGUCCUCUAAAAGCUUUAGAUUUCUUCUUUCAAAUGUCCAUGGAUGGAGUGAUGCCUAACCAGACUACCUUAGUUAUUAUUAUUGCUUCUUGUAGUAGUUUGCAGAUCCCAAUGUUAGGAGAAUACAUUCAUGCCAAAACAAUCAAGAAGGGCUUUGAAUCUGAUGUAUUUGUAGGUAGUGCACUUGUUGACUUUUAUGCCAAAUCUGAUAAAUUGGUAGAUUCCCACCAAUGUUUUGAUGGUAUAUAUGAGAAGAAUGUAGUUUCUUGGAAUGCUUUAAUUUUGGGUUAUGCCAGUAAAUUCUGUCCUAGUGCUUUUUUACUGCUAGAUAUGCUGCAACUGGGUUACCGGCCAAAUGAGUUUACCUUUUCUGCUAUUCUGAAAUUUUCAGUGACCAUAGAGUUACAGCAGCUUCAUUGUUUGAUUAUAAGAAUGGGAUAUGAGCAUAAUGUAUAUGUAUUGAGCUCCCUCAUGACCUCAUACGCUAAAAAUGGUCUCCUAUCUGAUGCCCUUACUUUUAUGACAGAUUGUGAAAGACCACUUGCCAUAGUGCCCUCUAACAUUGUUGCUGGAAUUUAUAACAGAGUAGGCCAGUACCGGGAAACACUAAAGCUGCUUUCUGUUCUUGAAGAACCUGAUGUUGUGUCUUGGAAUAUCGUGAUUGCAGCAUCUGCUCACAAUGGCGACUAUAAAGAGGUUUUGGAACUAUUCAGACACAUGCAGAUGACUCAAAUGUAUCCUGACAAUUACACAUUUGUUAGCCUUUUAUCUGUUAGUAGUAAACUUUCCAACCUGGGUUUGGGUAGUUCUGUUCAUGGUCUCAUUAUAAAGACUGAUUUCAGUCUUUGUGACACAUUUGUUUGCAAUGUACUUGUAAACAUGUAUGGAAAAUGUGGAUGCAUCAAAAGUUCAGUGAAAAUCUUUGAUGGAAUGGCUGAUAGAAACCUCAUCACCUGGACUUCUCUGAUUUCAGCCCUUGGAGUCAAUGGUUAUUCUCAUGAAGCUUUGGAAAGGUUCCAAGAGAUGGAGUUUCUGGGAUUUAAGCCUGAUGGGGUUGCUUUUAUUGCAAUCUUAACUGUGUGCAGACAUGCUGGAUUAGUGAAAGAAAGCAUGGAAUUGUUCAGGAGAAUGAAAUGCGAUUAUGGGCUUGAACCAAAAAUGGAUCAUUAUCAUUGCAUGGUAGACUUACUGGCUAGACAUGGAAAACUCAAUGAAGCAGAACAAAUUAUUGCCGGUAUGGCUUUCCCACCUGAUGCCCUUAUAUGGCGUAGUUUCCUUGAAGGAUGCAAGAGACAUAAAACUGUAGAAGAUCUAUCAACUGGACAUGGAGUUGUAAAAGUUGUAUAAUAAAUUACUUUUUGCUAGUGACUUGGGGCUAUCUCGGACUGCAGAGUUCUGAAUGUAUCUUUUCUUGAGUCAAGUAGCCUCAUAACUUGCCUGACACCAGAUAUGCAUGACGAGGUUCACUGGACAUAAAGUUUGCCUUGGAAAAGCAGUAUUUGGUAUGAAGGCAGUUGCAUAGGCUUUCCAAACAAGAAAGAGGAAUGUGAAAAUCUUUAAAAACUCUUCUCUAUAAACUCUAGCAUGGAACUUCACUUGAUCACGUGCAUCUCCCUAUUCUUUCUUGCGUAUGUCCAAGCCAUGGCCUCUCUUCUGCUCCACCUGCUUUCAUAAGUGCUUUUGCAGCAUCGAUGAGAAGUCUCAAUGGAAAGCAGGUACUAUUUUUCAGGGUUAAUAUCCUGCUGCUGAGUUCUUAAUUCUCCUUCAUGAGUUCUUUCACAUCUAAAGUACGCAGACAGUCACUGAAACACAUUCAUUUGUGAAGAGAUAGAAGAAGGGCAACUAAAAAACUCUGGUGGAGAAAGAAAUAGCGCCACCAGUGCAGAAGGAGGCAACUAUGGAUUGCGUAAGAGAAGGAUAUGGAUAAGCUUAUUAACAUGAACAACUAUAACAAGUUGGAAAACCAAGUUGCUUCAUCACCCCACAUAUUCUUAAUCUCCUCCAUGGAUCAUUGGUGCAAUGAUGCUUUGAAUCGUUUUAUAUGAUUGAGUAGUUCAACAUGGGAAAUCAGGAUGAUGGAAGGCAGCUACUGGAAACUUCAUCGGAUGUGCUCAAGCUCACUUGUAAAGUGUAUACCACUGUCCAAACUGUAGCUAAUUAAGCUGAAGUAACUGUUCAGUGGAGCAACUUUUAAA